GCUAUCAUAUCACAGACUAUGGAUUGAAUCAAGUGAAAAUGUUGAUCCUUUGUCAUAAAAUAAACCGAAUGAAUGCAUUCUGAUAAUGUUCUUAAUAGAAAAACAAACUCCAAAGGUUAAUGAAACAUGUCAUGACGUGAAAGACGACUAAAAAUUUGUAUAAGGAGAUGUUUGUUAAUUGCUUAGAUUUUGGAAAAUUUUGAUGAGUAGCAUUCAGUAAAAUCUUUAUACCUUUUGAAGAGAAAUAGCUAUCGACCUCGGGCUUUCGCUGAUCGAUAGAGGUAAAGCUAGGCUAUCUAUUUAUUAUAUUAUAGUUUAGAAAAUGUGUUGUUUUCAAAGGGGAUUAAGUUCAUCUUUAAAACAAAUGCUGUAUCCCAUAAGAAAAGCAACUGGAUUUUUUCGUGGACUUUAUAAAAAGAUGCAGUAAUAUCGACUCUAGAUAGUGCUGAAAGCUCGACUCAUUUCUCUCUUUUUGUUUUAAAGUUAUUCAAAAAAUGCCCACGGCCAUUUAACUCUGAAAUGGACAUUAGUAUAGUUUGCGAAAAGUGUAGGGCAUCUUUACUGCAGUCACACUGAUAUAUUUUGUGUGUUGAUUUUCUCUGCAAAUCGAAUAUACUAUUUUUUUUUCGUGGUCUGAGGAUAUUGCUGUGUCAGUGUGAGUCGCGCGGAUUUCUUUUGAGUGUUACUGAUAGAGUAACAGAUUAAAUGAACGAAUGGUAUAGCCAGCAGUAUCACAAUGAUACCAACAGCACUGUAUACGCCGACACAGAUGUGCACAUUAAUGUUGACACCAGCACAAAGCCAUUUGCAAACGCCAGAUGCUACCUUUUACAAAACGUCUGCAGCAAUAAACAACUACCGAUGCAGUGAAAUAUUCAGUCGAGGGUUAAGCGAGUCACACAGACGAGCGUUACUUGUUGUUUUCUGUAGUUAGUAAUAGGCUUCACAAAUUCUUAUGCAUUCUAAUACCAACAAUCGAUUAUAAUAAAAAUAGCUCAAUAUUCUUUUGUCCUUUGAUAUCAUCAAUACCUAUGCACAUGGAAAAAACACGUGCUGCAUCAUCACAUGUUUUUUUUCUUUCUCAUUCCUUAUCUCACAAUGUAUUUCUAUUGUGCAUUUGAUUGAUACAAUUUACAUUAUUCUUGACAGUUUCAAUGAUCAUCUAUCUCAUUAUCUUAUCAUUUCAAACUAUAAUCAACAAAGAGAGAAAUAAUGUAUGACUCAAGCACACAAUCAUCUAUUGCUAAAAAUAAGACGCUUGUUUCGUAUCAAAGGUUGUCAUAUGAAUGCCUACGGACAUUUUUCUUUUGAAUCUACUAAAUUUUCUUCAAUAUUUCGGAUUUUUUUUUCAAUAUUGUAUGCCAUAAAAAAAUACUAUUUUUGAUGGAAUUAAUUAGAAGAAUUUUACUUACAACUACUUGCACCAUAUCGAUCAAUUCAUCAAUGUAAAACAUAUUGUAUUAAUCACUAUAUGACUAUCGAAGAAAUUGAUAAUUUGAUUCUUAUAGCUCAAACAACACAUCAUUUUAUUUUUGAUACAGAGUAUGACUAUCGUACAAAUCAUCUGGCUCUGAUUCAAAUAUUUUUUAUGCUUGAUACACAACAAAUUUCUCCAUUAUUAAUUGUCGAACUGUUUUUUAAAAUUUGGUUUGAUGAAUGGUUACAAUGUUCAUUAUUAAUUAAAGAUGAUACUAUAGAUACAAAUAAUGAUACAUUAAUCAUUACUGCACCUGUUAAUGAUCCAACAUUAUUUCUAUCACCCGAAACAAUUAAUCGAAUUAAAUUAAUAAAAAAUGAAGUCUGGGGUCUUCAAGAUUUGAUCGCAUAUAUAUUUCAUCAAUAUUUAUCUAAGAAAUAA